GCCGUCGUCUUGCCGGGGUUACCUGCUCCUAGGCGCCAGCACCAUGGCGUCAGGCUGCAAGAUUGGCCCGUCCAUCCUCAACAGCGACCUGGCCAACUUAGGGGCCGAGUGCCUCCGGAUGCUGGACUCCGGGGCCGAUUACCUGCACCUGGAUACUUUACUCCAAAAAGUGCCUUCAAGGAAAAAGCAUAAGAUAAUUAUGAAGCAGGCUUCCUUAAUGAACUCUUUCUUCAUUAGAGUGAAGCAUUUUGUUCCCAACAUCACCUUUGGUCACCCUGUGGUAGAAAGCCUCCGAAAGCAGCUAGGCCAGGACCCUUUCUUUGACAUGCACAUGAUGGUGUCCAGGCCGGAACAGUGGGUAAAGCCAAUGGCCGUAGCAGGAGCCAAUCAAUAUACCUUUCAUCUCGAGGCUACGGAGAACCCAGGGGCUUUGAUUAAAGACAUUCGGGAGAAUGGGAUGAAGGUUGGCCUUGCCAUCAAACCGGGAACUACAGUUGAGUAUUUGGCUCCAUGGGCUAAUCAGAUAGAUAUGGCCCUGGUUAUGACAGUGGAACCUGGGUUUGGAGGGCAGAAAUUCAUGGAAGAUAUGAUGCCAAAGGUUCACUGGCUGAGGACCCAGUUCCCGUCUUUGGACAUAGAGGUCGAUGGUGGAGUGGGUCCUGACACCAUCCAUAAAUGUGCAGAGGCAGGAGCUAACAUGAUUGUGUCUGGCAGUGCCAUCAUGAGGAGCGAAGACCCCAGGUCUGUGAUCAGCCUGUUGAGAAGCGUGUGCUCGGAAGCUGCUCAGAAGCGCUGUCUGGAUCGAUGAAACCACAAGGCGGCCAGUGUUUCCGCUCAUGAAGGCGUCCCUUCACUGGGAAACAGGCAUCUUGACGGCCAAAUCGUAUCACAGUUGAGGCAGUGCUGCUGUUCUGAGCACUGCUGCAUUCCAGUGACUAAAAUCGAUUGUGCAGAAUGUUAAAAGAGGCUAGAAGUUGGUGUGGAUAACUACAUUUUUAGUGAUGGGAUUUAAAGAUUAGUGUGGUAAAGUACCAUUUUUACUGGGAGACUUGAUUUUUAUAAAGUAAAAAUAUGGCUGUAUUAAGGUUAUAAACAGAAACGUGUCUUCAUGCCUAAGGAAGGCUUGUUAGUUACUAUGGAAAAAAUGUUUUUUCUGCAUUUCUAAAAAGAGUAUUUUGCUGUUUCUCAGCUGUUUUCCAAAAGCAAAGGAAGUCCUUAUGUUUUCUCUGCUUCAUGUCAUUUUUGAUUUGUGUAUAUGCUUGAUAAUGUAAGUAGAAUGGAACUUAUGAAAAAUCUAAGGCUGGGAUGGCGUACCAUAGUCUUCUUGCUUCUAAAACUUUUAUUCUUCACGCUGCACCUUGUAUUUGGUACAUAAAACAAUGUAUGAAGCCCAGGAAUUUCCAGGUGGUCUGUUCCAACAUACAUACGUAGAUUUUAUCAGGGUGGCUCUCUGCUGGAGGGCCAGGGCAUUCAGUGAUUCCCCCCUUUUCUUCAUUACACCCACUGUUCUUAAGGACAGGAAGUAAAGCUGUGCUCGCUCUGAGCAGAAAGCAAAGCCUCUAUUUGGAAGUAAUGUGGAGUUGAACCCUGACUCUUCUCCUUUCCCACGAUUUGACCUUAGCAAAUCAAAUCAACCGACCUCUUUCAGCUCAACUGGUUUAUACGUUGAAUGUAAUUAUAAUAACCAUGCAUGGUUGUUUUGAGGUUAAAAGAGAUACUGUUAUAUAUGUAAAGCUUCCACUGCUGUUCCUAGAAUUGUAGGAUGGUAGAAUUGAGGGUGCUCAUUACAAAGUAGCUGUCAUUAUAUAAGUUAUGUUUUGUAGGUUAUAAAGAACUUUGAUAUAAUCUCAUUAAAUCUAUAAAUCAUUCCUAUGAAUGGUAGGACAGGUAUUUUUGUCCCCACUUAAAAAAUGAAGAAACGAACCCUCAGCGGCAGGCUGGCACUGUGGGAAUGACCCAGGAGGGCAUGGGUUUCUGGUCUGUACUCUCUACAAGUGGAGCCCUUGGGAGGUGGAUUAGGCAAAGGAAGCUUCUCUACUUAACAUUGUCUCAUUUCCAGUCUGACUUUACCCUGUCGCUGAACCAGAUGGCUGAGAAUAUUCUGGAACUGUGGAUUUUGAUCCCAAGGGUAUAUAUUUUAUUAAUCCAAGAAAGACAAGGUAGGCUAAGAGAUGACAAGGUACAGAGUUAAUGCAUAAACUAAAUGUUUAUAAUUGUGUCCCAGAUUACACUUUGACAACAAAUGUGUAUGCCAUUUUGUUCUUGUCAGCACUCUUACUGUGUAAUAGGUGUGGCAAGAAAUAACAGGACUGGUGUCAUUAAAAUUCUUUAGGCUACUAUGAAUUUUGAGAAAUAAGAACAUUAACACUUAAGAACAGAAUAGAGCUUGCUUGUUUUUUUUCUACGUUACAAGGUAAAAAUUUGUUUCUUAAUGUGUGUUUUUAUUUUGGCUUAGAAGAGGUUUGUGCCAUCAACAGGAGGCGUUUAAUCAAAUCAGACAACACGAGGCAUACAGAAAUAACUUUAAUUAAAAAGCGUACAUAGAAGAUUAUAAUAUCAGACAUGACAGAAAGAUUUGAGUUUAUUUGCCUGGACAACUUGGGUUUGUCUGGCUUUUCUUUUCUUUUUUUUAAAAAAUAAAUGUACAGUAAAACUACAAACAAAAAUUUGUCAGUAUUGAAUUUGAAUUUUUUUUUCUCUUUAAAGGGACUAGUAUAAUUUUUGAUCCCUAAAAAAACUUGUGUCAAAUGCCCCAGACUAGGCCAGAUGGCCAGGAUUGUCAGUUAUGUGGGUAUUACAACUUGGAUAACCUUUUUACAUGAGAAAAAGCGAUUCAUAUAAAUCGUCAUCAACUUUUACGUAGAAAAAAAUGAUGUAACAGCUUCAAAAGGAAUUUUCCUUAAUAUACACUCCAGUAUCCAAUAUUGAAGCAUUAUCCUUUGAAAAAUUUUAAUUACCACUCUAGGAUACAAGUAAGAAUAAAUGCUUGUUUGAAUAGAGUAAGCUAUGGUAAGGAAUGACCACAUUAACUAAAAAUACAACAAUACUUUUUAUCCUGAUAGGAGUUUCCUGUUUGUUGUCCGUUUUAAGUUGGUGUCUUCUCUUCAUGAGAUAGAUACAUAAAGUAGAUAAAACCCAAAUGGGUUUUAGAAGAUGGGAUAAUUUUAAAAUACACCAAUAUUUAACUCUCCUUUGCUUGUCUUAUUUUGUUAGGAGUGAAUAGACAAUUGUGUUUAGACCAAGAGAUAUCAGUGAUUUCAAAUAAAGGAGUAUUGUGUUAUCUGGUAUAGAAAUUUCCAUAAAUAUCUUCUACUACUGGUUAAACGUUAAAAAAAUUCCCUCUCCACAGUCAAGACUGUCAGAUGUCCAUUAUCAUUGCAAACCUGUGCUUCUUUAUUACUACUGCAGCUUAAUAUUUCAUAGGGUAGUUCAUAUAUGCAUUUUCAAGUGGAGUGGUCACUGCCAGUGGUUUUAAAACAAUAUAUGUGUGUGUAUGUAUGUAUGUAUGCUCUAUACACACAUAUUUGUAUAUUCUAGUGUAUUUCUGAGGCAAUUUUAAUGAAUUACCAUGUGUGUAGAAAAAAGGGCUGUCAUUUGAUGCACAGGCAUGUGUGUAUAUAUGUAUGUAUGCAUGUGUGAGUGUGAAGUCUUUUAAAAGUUAUUUACUCAGUAAUGUGAUUUGACAUCAGAUUGCAGCGGUUAAUUUUCUGGUGCUUGUGAUUUGCAUCAUAAACACAAAUGACUAGCACUUGUCUGUAGGUGAAAAGCUAGUUACUCCUGCGGUUCAGAAAGGAAACAGAGACAUACCUUGCCUGUUUCGUAAACAGCAUGAAAGAUUAGUACGUGCAGUGCACGCUCUCACUCUGGAAUUGUGACUGGAGGAGCUAGGGGAUGGAGAAUGGGGCUGAUUUUUUUCUCCUGUUUUCCAUUCAGUUACAGGGUUUUCUUAAC